AUGAGUCGGCGUCACAUGUGUCCCGCACACACCAUUGCUGCCGCACCCCGACACCCUGGCCAGGGGGUCAACCCGCCCUCAUCUGUGGUCACACCCCCGCCCUACCAUGGCCAGGGUCAACGGGGCCCGGCAAAUCAGCAACAGCAGCACAGCCAGCACCGUCAGCAACAGCCAGCACAGCCAGCCCGUCAGCAACAGCAGCACAGCCAGCACAGUCAGCAACGCACAGCCAGCACCGUCAGCACAGCCAGCACCGUCAGCAACAGCAGCACAGCCAGCACCGUCAGCAGCAGCACAGCCAGCACCGUCAGCAACAGCAGCACAGCCAGCACCGUCAGCAACAGCAGCACAGCCAGCACCGUCAGCAACAGCAGCACAGCCAGCACCGUCAGCAACAGCAGCACAGCCAGCACCGUCAGCAACAGCAGCACAGCCAGCACCGUCAGCAACAGCAGCACAGCCAGCACCGUCAGCAACAGCAGCACAGCCAGCACCGUCAGCAACAGCAGCACCAUAAAGAACACACAACAAACCGAUGGUCGGGUCUAUCGAAAUGACGUCACAGCUCUAUUGUGUAGGAGGAAAUUAUUCAUUAGAAGUAAGCUUAGUGAGGUCAAGGAACAGCUCAAGGAACAGCUUAAGGAACAAGUCAAGGAACAGCUCAAGGAACAGCUCAAGAAACAUGUCAAGGAACAAGUCAAGGAACAAGUCAAGGAACAGCUCCAGGAACAAGUCAAAGAACAGCUCAAGGAACAAGUCAAGGAACAGGUCAAGGAACAGCUCAAGGAACAGCUCAAGGAACAAGUCAAGGAACAGGUCAAGGAACAGCUCAAGAAACAUGUCAAGGAACAGCUCAAGGAACAAGUCAAGGAACAGCUCCAGGAACAAGUAAAGGAACAGGUCAAGGAACAGCUCAAGGAACAGCUCAAGGAACAAGUCAAAGAACAGGUCAAGGAACAGCUCAAGGAACAGGUCAAGAAAACAUCUACGAGUUGA